GCUGCAGAGUCGCGGGCUCGGAUUGAACGUCUGAUUCCUAACCAAAUAAAAAUCGAAAGGACUGCGGAUGUUGGAAAUCGGAGACAAGCGGCGGGGGAAGGGCAAUAACAAAAAAAAUCCGAAACUGCCGGAGAAUUAGCAGGUCUGGCGGUAUUCUGAGGAGUGAAAUCAGAGCAGAACUGGAGUGCUCUCCACCUAUCCUAUUCGCCUCCCCCUUUAUUUCAGAGCCCCCCCCCCCCCCACCCGUUUUCUGAGGAAGGGCCCAGACACGAAAAGUCAGCUUUCCUGCUCCUGUGCUGCUUGGCCUGCUGUGUUCAUCCAGCUCUACACCUUGUUAUCUCUGAUUCCCUACGGAGCCAGGGCAACCGGCUUCAUUCAUUCGAGUGAGGAAGAGAAGAGGAGGGAUGGAGACGGAGGGUAUAGACUGAAUCUGUUGGUGGGGAGGAGAGAGAAAUGAAGUAAAGGUAAUUGACAAAAUAUCUAUCAUAAGAUGAAGUAUCUCUGCCAGCCGAAGCUACUGUAAGAAGGGAACAAAAUGAACUUAAGCUGUGCUGACAAAGAUGACAGUAGCAUUUUUGGGGUAAUGGAUGAAGAUGACCAGGACAAAGCAAAAAGGGUGUCAAGGAACAAAUCGGAGAAGAAAAGACGAGAUCAGUUCAAUGUGCUCAUUAAAGAGCUCAGUUCUAUGCUACCUGAUAAUACUCGGAAAAUGGAUAAAUCAACAAUAUUACAGAAAACAAUUGAUUUUUUACAGAAACACAAAGAAGUCACAGCACAAUCGGAUGCUACUGAAAUACGACAAGACUGGAAGCCUACUUUGCUAAGUAAUGAAGAGUUUGCUCAGCUGAUGUUAGAGGCAUUAGAUGGAUUUUUUAUAGCCAUAACAACUGACGGAAGCAUAAUACAUGUGUCAGAAAAUGUGACUCCCCUACUUGAACAUUUACCUUCUGAUCUUCAGGAUCAAAAUUUAUUGAAUUUUCUGCCAGAGGUGGAACAAGCAGAUGUUUAUAAAUUCCUGUCCGCUCAAGUAUUGGAAAGCAAUUCUUUGAUCCCAGAUUAUUUAAACUCAAAAAAUCAGUUAGAAUUCUGUUGCCACAUGCUAAGAGGAGCAGUAGACCCUGAAGAACCUCCUGUAUACGAAUAUGUAAAAUUCAUAGGGAAUUUAAAAUCACUGAAUAGUGUAUCUAGUUCUCCACGAAAUGGAUUUGAAGGAGUUAUACUAAAGCCAACUUAUGAAAAAAGGGUAUGCUUUGUAGCAACUGUCAGAUUAGCCACACCGCAAUUUAUUAAGGAAAUAUGCACUGUUGAAGAACCAAAUGAAGAAUUUAUAUCAAGACACAGCUUGGAAUGGAAGUUUUUGUUCCUUGAUCACAGGGCACCUCCAAUAAUAGGUUAUUUACCAUUCGAAGUGUUAGGCACAUCUGGCUAUGAUUACUACCAUGUGGAUGACUUGGAAAAAUUGGCAAAAUGCCAUGAGCACUUAAUGCAGUAUGGAAAGGGCAAGUCCUGCCACUAUAGAUUUCUUACGAAAGGACAACAGUGGAUGUGGCUUCAGACUCACUAUUAUAUUACUUAUCAUCAGUGGAACUCCAGGCCAGAAUUCAUUGUCUGUACGCAUACUGUUGUAAGCUACGCAGAAGUACGUGCAGAGAGAAGAAGGGAGCUUGGCAUAGAAGAGUCUCCACCAGAUGAUAUUUCUGACAAGGAUUCAAGAUCUGACACUAAACCAGAUACUGUCCGUGUCAAGGAGGCACUGGAAAGAUUUGAUCACUGCCAUACACCAUCUGCUUCCUCGAGGAGUUCGAAGAAGUCUUCUUCAUAUACAGCAGCGUCUGAUCCGACAUCAACACCCACAAAACGACUUACUGACACAAACACUCCUCCAUUACCGAAAGUAAUGUAUGGACAUGAAAGAACCCCCCACAAAAGGGCAUCACUGAGCAACCAGUUCUCACUACAGCUAGGGGCUAUGCAGCACCUAAAGGAGCAGUUAGAACAGAGGACACAGAUGUUGGAAGCAAAUAUUCAGCGUCAGCAAAAAGAACUUCGCAAAAUCCAAGAGCAGCUUCACCUUGUCCAAGGACAGGGAGUUCAGGUUCAGCAGACUUUGCAAAGUAACCACAGGCAACAGAGCUCACUUUCCAGACAGGAUGCUCUCACAACUUCUCACUGUAACACUAUGAUAAAUUCCCAGCCCACAACAGCCAAUGUUGGACAACUUACUCCUUUAUUCCAAAAUUCUAACCAAAGCUGCACAGUUACCACUCUUCCUCAUGACAGGUUUCUCCGAUUCCAAAAAGGCCAGCAACUUGUGACAAAGCUGGUAACUGCUCCUGCGAGAUGCAGUGCAGUUAUGGUUCCAACAACUAUGUUCAUGGGUCAAAUAGUGACCACUCAUUCUACUCUCAUCACUCAGCAGCAAGAAGUUCAGACUUUGCCAUUAACACAAAGUCAGCAUGAAGAAACUACCACAACAGCUCCACCACAGUCUCAAACACCUACCCAGCAGCUACAGCAGUGUCCACAGGAUAAGAUGGGCACAAAUUGUGUUUUUAAAAACUUAAUGAAAUUUAUGAAAAGGCUGCUUUACUGUUUUAUAAACAGAGCAUUCCUGAAGUCUGACCUUGUUUUCAUCUCAUUCAUCUUAAUUUACAACUGAAUUGGCCAAGACUACUGCAGUACAAUAUUUUUAUUUUAAAUUAAACUGUAGAACAUAAUGAUU